CGGCAACAGCUCCCUUUGGUAACUGGUUACCUCAUGCUACCAUAACCUGUUAACAAGGAAGAGGGAAAAGUACAUUGGCUUUGUGUGAGUGCGUCUCCUUUGAGUUUGUGCUGUGGUCAGUGUGGCUCUGAGGGCGCUGAAAUAUCACACAAAGAUAACAAUGGCAGUAAAAUGCACACUGAAGACAACAAAUGUUAGCACCUGGAGGCCACAAUCUGGAUCAUGGCCCGUCAUGUGAAGUGUUGUGUAGAAAAAAAUGGUCCCUGCCCAAAAGAGCUUACAAGAGACUGCAAAUGGAUACAGCAACACGUGGAGCGAACAUAAGUAACAAUGAGAUGAUUACAAUUCGUUAUGGGUGGGACAACACAUGUUACAGCCAGCUCAUGACCUCUGAAAUUGCAAUUCAUCGUUUCUGCAUAACAAUAGAAGAAUACAAUAGAGGCCUGAGCAGCCACCUGCACUUCCAUAAAAAAGUACAGUGUGGACCCUGCCCCCUGGAGGCUGGAUCCUGGCUCAUUAGCUGAAUGUUUGCUGAAAUCGGACACCUGGUGCACUUGAGCCAAGGCAGAGUCCCUGGCUGCAGCUAUUUAAGAAGGACAAGGGCAGUCUUUUAUCAUUUCCACCUCACUUCACAUCAGAAGGCUUCUAAGCUCCAUGUCCCUUCAAGGCCAGCGCUUGCUCCCAAACCAUCCUCCUCACUGACCCACAGCAGCAUCCAUGAGCCACCAACAGAGAAGCAGCCCUGGGAAAAUCUGUCUGCAACAAUCCUGGGACAGGAUUAUCUGUUGAAUUUAGGGGAACAGAAACUUGCCAGAAAGGUUUGGACUUAUCAGGGCCAAUGACCCAAGGAGGCGCUUGGUGCUGUCUGGCCCUCAGCUCAGGAGUCAUGGUGUGAUUUAAAGAAAAAAAUCAGAAUUUUUUUUUUAAGUUGCUGGGACAAAUGAAUACAAAUGAAUUUAGGGGCUGGAAAGAGAGAUUGCACAGCCUCUCACCUUACCACAAAGUAACUGCAGUCUGCCGAGAGGGAGUUAAAUGGGAUUAAAAGCUCUGUGUAAGCAAAAGGACCCAGAAGAGAAGGAGGGAAGGAGUUGGCCGUGCGGGCCAGGGGGUGUCUUUGGCACAGCUGAGCCCCUUAGAGAGACAGAGAGCUGAGCUCCUGGGAAGGAUGCACCCACAAACCAGCCUUUUCCCCUUUUUCUGAUGGAUCGCUGCAAAACUUGCCCGAAAGAAACAAUGCACUAAACGUGAUGGAGCCGGAAUCAGAGCCGGUCUCCAGACUCAGAGCAACAGCAGCAGCAGCAGCCAGGGGGGGAUCCCUCUUUCUCUGGACUGUUUUAUAUUUUACCUGUUUCCUUGGAUUCGCACAGGGGAGUUCUGAAGAUGUGGACAUUCUUCAAAGAUUGGGCCUGGCAGGGAAGAAGCCAUUGAGUGCGUGGUCUUCAUCACGCUCGGUUCCUCAGGGGGUUAUCCCUUUCAAAUCGGGGGUCAUCUUCACUCAGCGAGCACGCGUCGAGGCACCCAUUAGUACCAUCAUCCCCACUGCCUUCGGCACAGACUUGGCCCUAGUGCUGAGCUUGUGCUCCCACCGCAUCAACAAUGCUUUUCUAUUCUCUGUCAAGAGCAAGAAGAAAAAACUGCAGCUGGGGGUCCAGUUCAUCCCCGGGAAGGUCAUCGUGUACGUAGGCCACAAGCGCUCUGUAUAUUUUGAUUACAAUGUUCACGAUGGCCACUGGCAUAACAUGGCCAUUGACAUCCGAGGCCAGAUGGUAACUUUAUUUACUUCUUGUGGGAAGCAAAGACUACAGGCAGAUUUGCAUUUUAAAAAAGAUGAGGCAUUGGAUCCACAAGGGUCUUUUCUCUUAGGGAAAAUGAACCAGCACUCGAUACAGUUUGAAGGCGCCAUUUGCCAGUUCGAUAUUUAUCCUUCCGCCAAGGCAGCUCAUAAUUACUGUAAAUACCUGAAAAAACAUUGCAGGCAAGCGGACACCUUCCGGCCGAAUCUGCCCCCGCUUGUCCCGCUCUUGCCCAGGGAUCCCAGUGCCUCCCCAAUGGCCCCUCUGCAGCCUAAGUUCUUGCUACAGGGUUUGAAGAACCUGACCACUGUGAUCCCAACAUUAGAGCUCAUCAAGAUCACAACACCCCUCAAGACUCCAGUUACAGUGUCCACCACCUUGGUCCCAUAUAAGCUGCUUUCUCCAGGGUCAACAACCAAAGCAGCCAAGGUUACAAUCGUGCGGUCUACCAUUCCAUCGAGUACUGAUAUGCAGCUGCCGGUCCAUUCGCACCCUCAGACUACUACAGCAGCCCUCAGGAUAUCCCAACCCUCUUCCAAUGCAAGUUCACAGAAACACUCCCUUCCCACAGUCAGAAACAUCCUGCCUGCUGGCCAAAACUCCACUGCCAUCAGCAGGAAAGAGUUGGAGCAAGAGACCAAAAAGAUGAUCAACCAAAAAACAUCCACCAAGCCCUCUGAAACCCCCAGCACUGUAAAGCCAGUGAGGAAGAAGAUUGAAAACACAUCUAGAGACGUCCACCCCAUGACCAUGAAACAAAACCCGGAGAACCUGACCAGUGGACCCAUUUCAAAAAUGCUAUUGCCACUACCAACCAGGAAAUCCGUUCCUAGCCUAGUUCCUGUACUUUACACCAAAUCAACCCCUGGAUCUGUUCUUCAUACCUCCAGAACCAGUGUGCAAGCCUUCAACCUCACAACCCCUGCUGCUGUUGAUGGGUUUCAGGUCUUUGACCCUGUUGGACCCACCCUAUUUCCAUUUUUACUGGGACUUCCUGGAUCUAAAGGAAACCAAGGUCCCCCGGGCCCCCCAGGUCUACCAGGCUUACCAGGCCCACCUGGCAAGAGAGGCCCACGGGGUCCUCCUGGUCCCCAUGGAAACCCUGGCCGCCCUGGUCUACCUGGCCUUAAAGGCCAAAAAGGUGAUCCUGGGCUCUCACCUGGAAAAGCUCGUAAUGGAGAGAAGGGAGACAUGGGUUUACCUGGUUUGAGUGGGCUUCCUGGACCAUCUGGUCGGAAGGGAUACAAAGGCUACCCUGGACCACCAGGUCAUCCUGGAGACCAGGGUGAACGCGGACCAGACGGGAGCCCAGGUGCCAAAGGUUAUCCUGGCAGGCAGGGUUUACCAGGACCAAUAGGUGAAGCUGGUCCAAAAGGCAGUCGGGGGUAUAUUGGUCUCCCAGGAUUAUUUGGGCUGCCAGGGCCUGAUGGAGAACGAGGUAUCCCUGGAGUUCCUGGGAAGAGGGGCAAGAUGGGUAGGCCGGGUUUUCCCGGCGAUUUUGGUGAACGAGGACCUCCAGGCGUAGAUGGGAACCCAGGAGAAUUGGGAGCCCCGGGUCCUCCUGGAGUUCAUGGACUCAUUGGAGAUAUGGGCGCUCUCGGACCAAUAGGCUAUCCAGGACCAAAGGGACUAAAGGGGCUGAUGGGAAACCCUGGAGAACAUGGACUGAAAGGUGAUAAGGGUGAUCAGGGACUGCCAGGUGUUCCAGGAGAUAUUGGAUUCCAAGGAGACAAGGGCAGUCAGGGCUUUCCUGGGAUACCAGGAGCCCGAGGAAAGCCAGGUCCCCCUGGAAAGGUUGGUGACAAAGGUCCAGUCGGGUUUCCAGGACCACCCGGUCCGGAGGGCUUUCCAGGGGAUAUUGGCCCACCAGGACAAAAUGGCCCCGAAGGCCCGAAGGGGAAGCCCGGAGCACGAGGUUUACCUGGGCCAAGAGGACAGCCUGGCCAAGAAGGAGAUGAAGGACCCAUAGGGCCACCAGGGUCCCCUGGUCCAGAGGGUCGACCUGGCAGGAAGGGAUUUCCUGGAAAACCUGGCACUGAUGGUUCAAAGGGUGAGCCAGGACAUCCAGGGCGGACAGGAAAAGUUGGUGAGCAGGGUCUGAUGGGUUUCAUCGGUCCAGUCGGGGAACCUGGAAUAGUGGGAGAGAAGGGUGACCGAGGCACAAUCGGAGCACCGGGCCCACCGGGAGUCAAGGGGUCGAUGGGGCAUCCCGGGACGCCUGGAGGAAUUGGUUUCUCAGGAGCUCCUGGACCACCAGGCCCUGCUGGAGUCCGGGGACCCCCAGGUAUAAGAGGAGCAAAAGGCCGUCGGGGUGCCAGAGGUCCUGAUGGACCAGUGGGGGAGCCAGGGUCAAGAGGUGUUAAGGGCCUUCAGGGGGAGCCAGGCAAACCGGGGCCCGAUGGGCAGCAGGGGAAGAUGGGAGAGACUGGGGAGACAGGACCACGUGGCUUCCCAGGUAUCCAAGGACCUUCCGGACCCCAAGGAGGCAAAGGGGCCCCAGGCGACCCGGGACCUCAGGGACCACAGGGGCCAGCUGGACCUUUAGGAGAAAUGGGACAUAAGGGACCUCCUGGCUCAAUGGGACAACCUGGCCUUCCAGGUGAACCUGGCAUGAAGGGUGAUCUUGGACAGCUGGGCGUCCCAGGAGAACAAGGCCUCAUUGGUCAAAGAGGAGAGCCAGGCCUGGUAGGGGACAGCGGCCCAUUUGGGCCAGACGGAGCUAAGGGAGACAAAGGAGAGCAAGGCCCAGAAGGAGAGAGAGGAGAAAAAGGCACCGAAGGAUUGAAGGGAAAAGAAGGGCCUCCUGGAUAUCCCGGAAUCACAGGUGUCCGAGGGCCAGAAGGGAAACCAGGCAAACAGGGAGAAAAGGGCAAAACCGGCCAGAAGGGCAGCAAGGGCUACCAGGGGCAGCUGGGCGAGACGGGCCCCCCGGGGAAGAUGGGGACAAAAGGGACUCAAGGCCUGAAAGGAUCCAGAGGUACCCUGGGACCUAUGGGUGCUCCAGGAAGGAUGGGUGCUCAAGGGGAACCUGGCUUAAUGGGUUAUGAGGGGCAUGCAGGACCGCCAGGGCCAAUCGGACCACCAGGGCCAAAAGGUGAAAAGGGAGAACAAGGUGAUGAUGGGAAAAUCGAAGGCCCCCCAGGACCACCUGGUGACAGAGGUCCAGUUGGCAACAGAGGAGAUCGAGGGGAGCCUGGAGACCCUGGCUACCCUGGUCAGGAAGGACUUGACGGGGACAGAGGAAAAGCUGGACAGCAAGGUCUACCUGGGGAUCCUGGACCACCAGGCCAGCCAGGGCCAAAGGGAUCCAAAGGUGAAGAGGGUCAAAAAGGAAAGCAAGGGGCACAGGGUGCCGCUGGCAGCAGAGGCUCGCCGGGUCCUGUUGGGUUACCUGGUCCUAGGGGAGUAGUGGGACGGCAAGGUCAGGAGGGCUCUCCUGGAGUGGACGGAGUUCCUGGGAAGGAUGGCACAGCUGGGCUGCAGGGAGAACAGGGAGAUGAUGGGGAAGAAGGCACAACAGGGAUUUCGGGAAAACGAGGGAACCCCGGCAUACCUGGUCUCCCCGGAGCACAAGGGCCACCAGGAUUUAAGGGUGAACGAGGACUGCCUGGGCAGACUGGCCCAACAGGGAAACGGGGUACACAAGGAGGAAUGGGGCUCCCAGGAAGCCCAGGAGAGCCAGGACCCAAAGGACAGCCGGGGGACUUUGGCGAGUCAGGAUUUCCAGGGAUUGCAGGCAUGUUUGGGCCAAAGGGACCACCAGGAAACCUCGGGUUCAAAGGAAUUCAGGGCCCACGGGGACCGCCAGGUCUCAUGGGAAAGGAAGGUAUCAUUGGGCCGCUUGGAAUUCUGGGUCCCACAGGAAGCUCAGGUCCCAAAGGAGACAAAGGCAGCCGUGGUGAAACGGGUUUUCAAGGUCCAAGGGGUCCCCCAGGCCCACGAGGACGCCCCGGGCCUCCGGGGCCAACAAGAAUUCCAGCUUCAUUUCAACAGGAUGGCUUUGGUGCAGCAUUCCAGACAAUGAUGGACAUGAACACUGCACUCAAGUCUACAGAGCAGAGCUAUCAACAUUCUGACCUUCUGAUGCUAGACCAGGAAGGAGAGAUCUUUAAGACUCUACACUACCUCAGCAACCUCAUCCAGAGCAUCAAAAGACCCCUGGGAACCAAGGAGAACCCUGCACGCAUCUGUCGAGACCUCAUGAACUGUGAACAGAAGAUGGGUGAUGGUACUUACUGGAUUGACCCAAAUCUUGGCUGUUCUUCAGACACCAUCCAAGUCACCUGUAACUUCACCAAAGGUGGACAGACAUGUCUCAGCCCCAUCACUGCCUCUAAGCUGGAAUUCAACAUUGGUAGAGUCCAGAUGAACUUCCUUCACCUACUGAGCUCGGAGGUGGUUCAGCACAUCACCAUCCACUGCUUAAACAUGUCAGUGUGGAGGGAAGGGUCAGCUGAGAAGCCUUCAGAAAAAGCUGUGCGUUUUAAGGGCUGGAAUGGACAGAUAUUUGAGGCAGAAGGGCCGUUCAAGCCCAAGGUGGCAACAGAUGAUUGCAAGAUUCAGGAUGGACACUGGCAUAAGACUGUCCUUACGUUUUGGACACAGGACCCUAACCAGCUGCCAAUUGUCAACAUCUACAACCUUCCACCAUCUGAGCCAGGGAAACAGUAUCACCUCGAGGUCGGACCCGUGUGCUUCCUUUGAACUGUGACCUCUACAGUGCUCCAAGG